GGCGGCGCGGACGGGCCCGGGCUGGUGCUGCGAGGCUCGCUCUGGAGAAGGAGCCGGGCUCCGGCUCCGAACAACCCGCAGCGAGGAGCAGAGCCCGGCAGCGCCCGCCUGGCGCCGCGCACCGCCAUGGCCCGCGCGCCUGGACUCGUGCCGCGGCCCCGGGGACGCUCGCACAGCUGGCUCCGGGUGCACGCACUGGGCCAGGGCCACCCAGGCCCGUGGGCGCACGCCUGGCUCGGCCCCUUGCUCGCGUGUUCGCUGCAGUUAGGUGCGCGCCGCUGCCUAAACCCAGUUUCAAAGUGAGCAUAAUAAGGAUUAAUCUUCUGUCAAAAGUUUAGUGAUCGAUUAUUAAGAAAAUUUCCUGCAUUGUUCAUGGAGUUUUUCAUCAGUAUGUCUGAAAGCAUUAAAUAUAAUGAUGAUGAUCACAAAACUGUGUUUCUGAAAACAUUAAAUGAACAACGUCUGGAAGGAGAAUUCUGUGACAUAGCUAUUGUGGUAGAAGAUGUGAAAUUCAGAGCGCACCGGUGUGUGCUUGCUGCAUGCAGUACCUACUUCAAAAAGCUUUUCAAGAAAUUGGAGGUUGAUAGCUCAUCAGUAAUAGAGAUAGAUUUCCUUCGUUCUGAUAUAUUUGAAGAGGUUCUAAAUUAUAUGUAUACUGCAAAGAUUUCAGUUAAGAAGGAAGAUGUAAAUUUGAUGAUGUCAUCAGGUCAGAUUCUUGGUAUUAGGUUUUUGGAUAAACUCUGUUCUCAGAAACGUGAUGUAUCUAGCCCCGAAGAAAAUGCCCAAUCCAAGAGUAAGUAUUGUCUGAAAAUAAAUCGAUCUAUAGGAGAAUCUAAUGAUAACCAAGAUGAUGAGGUUGAGGAAAUUGGAGAUCAUGAUGAUAGCCCAUCAGAUGUGACAGUAGAAGGAACUCCUCCAAGUCAGGAAGAUGGGAAAUCCCCUACUAAUACACUAAGAGUUCAAGAAGCAAUUCUGAAAGAGUUGGGGAGUGAAGAGGUUCGAAAAGUAAACUGCUAUGGUCAAGAAGUGGAGCCCAUGGAAACAACUGAAUCAAAAGACUUAGGAUCUCAAACCCCUCAAGCUCUAACAUUUAAUGAUGGCAUAAGUGAAGUGAAAGAUGAACAGACCCCAGGAUGGACAACAGCAGCUGCUGACAUGAAGUUUGAGUAUUUGCUUUAUGGUCACAGGGAACAGAUUGCAUGUCAAGCGUGUGGUAAGACAUUUACUGAUGAAGCACGAUUGAGAAAACAUGAAAAGCUUCAUACUGCUGAUAGACCAUUUGUUUGUGAAAUGUGCACUAAAGGGUUUACCACACAGGCUCACUUGAAAGAGCACCUGAAAAUCCAUACAGGUUACAAGCCUUAUAGCUGUGAGGUUUGCGGAAAGUCUUUUAUUCGAGCUCCAGAUCUGAAAAAGCAUGAAAGAGUCCAUAGUAAUGAAAGGCCAUUUGCAUGCCAUAUGUGUGAUAAAGCUUUCAAGCACAAGUCCCAUCUAAAAGAUCAUGAAAGACGACACCGAGGGGAAAAACCUUUUGUCUGCAGCUCUUGCACUAAAGCAUUUGCUAAAGCAUCUGAUCUAAAAAGGCAUGAGAACAAUAUGCACAGUGAAAGGAAACAAAUUACUACAGCCAAUGCCAUCCAGAGUGAAACAGAACAGUUACAGGCAGCAGCCAUGGCAGCUGAAGCAGAGCAGCAACUUGAAACUAUAGCUUGUAGUUAAAAACAAAAGCAGAAAACUUUAUCCAAAAAGUAAUUUAAGAAAUUAAAUUGAACAAAAAUUAAAUGUUGAAACAUGUUUAGAAUGAUCAUUACCUUUUCAGAUAAAAUAUUUUUAGAGGGAUUGAACACUGCAUAGGAGCAUAUAGCAGUGCUUGGUUAGGUAUUUUAAAAUACUUCAAAGAUAUGUAUUCUUAGAGUAUAAAAAUAAUUUUGUUAUUAGCACUAACAUGUUUUAAUUUCAGAAAAUGACUGAGCCCUUUAUAAACAAAAUGAGGAAAUCUCUAUUUGAUGUUUUAGUACAACCUCUGCGUACUUGUCCUUUGUACACAUUAGUACCAAUGAGGUAAAUUAUGUCUAACAAAACUGAAAUUUGUAGAAAAAGUUAUAAGUGUGGGAACAAUUUUUUUUUUUUUUUUUUUAAGAUUUUUGGGUGUAGUUUCAUAAGGACCAUAUAGUACACCUAGAACCCACAAAAAUUCAUCUGCUGGAAUCCUGACAUUUUUAUUUCCUCCUUUUUCCUCAUUCACUGUACUUAUUAGCUAUUAGUGCAGUAGGUUGGCUAUUUUGGGUAGUUGGUCAAGCGGAGUUAUCCUGCUUCUUUGCCCACCCCCUUAAAUUCCUCUCUUUAAUCUGGCUGGUGAGUUGGUGCAUACAAUACUUGCUCUUCUAAAGGUUAGACUUUUCACAUUCAUAAUAGCCUAGAUAUGUCCCCUGGAUCAACAAAUGGAGAGGACACAGCACUCAUCUACCCUUUCUGUGUUGAAAGGAGUGGGGCUUAGUUGCCUCCAUGUACCCUUCAGAGGCCUUUUCAUGCACUGUACGGGGGAUGGAAUGGAGGUGGGAGGGGGGACAAGUGGGCAGAAUGUGUAGAGAGAUAUAUUGUUCCAAAUCUGGCCCCGUGAAAAUUAAUCAAAGAUAAUACAAUCUGAGACUGUACUGUCUUUGUCAUGUAGCUUCCCCCUCACUCUCCCCAGGACAGCUGAGGCAAAGGGAUGCAUAGGUGCAGACUCUGUGGGUGCUCUGGGGCUAGAGCACCCACAGGAAAAAAUGGUGGGUGCUGAGCACACACCAGCAGCCCCCUGCCAGCGGGCCCCACUGAUCAGUGCCUCCGCUUCCCUCCCAGCGCCUGCUGCAGAUCAGAUGUUUCACAGCAUCAGGAGGCGUUGGGGGUGAGCGGGGAGGAGCAAAGGUGCAGCGCUCUUCAGGGAGGGGGAAGAACUGGGCAGGGAAGAGACAGGGUGGGAAGAAGCAGGACGGGGGUGGGGCAUUGGAGUAGGGGGUGGAGGUGGUGGCAGGGCCUGGGCAGAGCCAGGGGUCGAGAACUUCUGGGCAGAUUAGAAACUUGGCACCUCUAUGAAGGGAUGUCUCUAGAAAUACACCUCAGUGGAACUAGCUGUGCUGUUAAGGGGAGGGAUUUGGUACCAGGAACCCCGCAGUUCGCUGCCUGCAACUUUAAAGGUAGGUUCCAUGGCCUUUUAGGGGGCACCUCCCAGUAGGAUUGUGUGUAGAAAGAUCUCCACAGGGGAAUCUGUGUGAAAAUGUUUAUCCUCUGAGAAAUCUCCCAUGGGAAGGGAUUAUCUUGGCCAGCGUUUCCAACUAUCAUUGCCUCAGAAUCUGUGAAAUCUAUUUUUGAAAUCAUUCAGGCAAGGUUAUAUUUUCCUUUGUUUGUUUUAGUUUGGGGUGGGAGGGGUGGGAAGGGGUUGUUAAUUGUUCCUUAAUUUACCACAAUCUCAAGAAAACUUUUAAAGUACUACAGACUGAGCUGUCUCCUGUAUAUGGAAAUAGGGAGUUACAACUUCACAGUAUUAAUUGUUAAAAUGAUCCUAAGGAACAUGAACACUUCUUUAUUUUAAGUGUAAAUAAUUAUUAUCAAUGUUAUAUUUCAACUAUAAAUGGGCAAAAAUGCACUCUUUUGCACAUCAGGUUGGAAUAAAUUGGUCACUUAAGAGACCCACGACAUAUAAAAGUUGUCAGACAAGUAUUUAUAAACUAUAGUGUGGUAAAUCACCUCUUGCAUUUCUAAAUAGAAAUUGAAAAUAACAUUUUUGUAACUGAUCAUUUUUGUUACAACUUCAUUGUGUAUCUUUCAUGUAAUCAGCAGUUUUAGCAAUUAUAUUAAAAUACCAACAACAGUUUGAACAUUGUUCUGUAAAUAAAACAUGAAUUGAAUAUUUUAGAAUAUGUAAAUUUUGGACUUUGUCCGAUAUAUUUUUUUAAAUGUUUCUUUGUUUUACAUUUAGCGCUUUUAGUUUGUAAACCAACUAUCCAUUUUAUAUUUUUGCAACGUCAAAUAAUAAGUACUCAUUUCAUUUUAUAGCGUCCCACAAAGGAAGGAAUUAGUUGUGUAAAUUAGUUGUGUAAACGUAUUUUGGGGUUUGUUGUAUAUAAGCAUAGAUAAAGGUGGUAGAUUCAGAAUGUGAGCUGCACCUUUCUUCCCUGGUGGUUGCAAAGUUUUAAUCUUGUUUGUUUCUUAAAACACAGUUCACCACAUAUUAAAUGCCAUAAAAUAAUUAACUAAUGCAUACACCAUUAAGGAAUGAGGAACAGAUUUGUUUCAGUUUUCAAUAAUUUAAUAGCUAUAGUGAGAUAAAAAUGUUUUAAACUUUAUUUUCAGUCUUUUUUUAAAAUAGCUGCAAUAUUUCCCCCCCGUAUAUUCUUUGUUUCGGUAUAAUUUCAAAAUAUGAUAAGGUAUUGCAGUGGAAAAAAUAACAAUAAAACAUACUGUAAUAAUUACAAUUUACAUAGGACAAAACCUUUUUGUUCCCAAUGAUUUGCACAGCUGCAUAAGUACAUAAUUUGGGGUUCAAUCCUGCAGUCCCUCAGUCACAGCAGUAUAUCUGUUGAAAGCAAUGGGACUACGGCUAGGACUGCAGAAUUGGAUACCAGGCUUUCUGCUAAAUUUUAGUUACCUACACUCCACAAUUUCUAGAAUCACUAUUUAUUCCAGAGAGGAGUAGUGAUGAGGUUCUUCAGGGAAGCUAGUAUUUAGAAACAGAUUUUGUUUUAAGAGCUUUGCUGGAUUGGGAUCUCAGUGCACAAAUUCACUACACUUUUCUUUAUACAAGUAAUUUACCCAUGCUUGAUUUCCUUUAGGAUGUUGGGAGAUAAAAUUGUAAUCUCUUACCACAACAAAAAACCUGUGCAUGUUCUUCAAACUUGAUAACUUGGCAAAAUCAAAGCAAAGAUAUUACCUCACCCACCUUGUCUCUGUAAUAUCCUGGGCACCAACACGGCUACAACAACAGCAUGUACUAGAACACUGAGGCAUUUAUCUUCCCUGAGGACUAUUUUCUCUGCCAAAUGUCAGCUUUCUGUUUUAUACCAACAGUUUCUGUUUUAUACCUGUUCAAAUACAUAGAAGGGUGGUUCUUUUUCUUGGGAAUUGUAUACGUUCUCCUCUCCUUUCUAAAAAACAUCUGAACAACUUCUGCUCACUUUCCAAAAUAUUUCAAUCUCAGACAAUGACUAGGCUUGGAAAAUUGCUGCCCAAAACUGAAAAUUCUAGAAGGAGUCUUAGAAUGGAAAUGUAUAGGUGAUGUUAGCUAUAAGAUGUAGUUAAUACUCCAAAUUAAAUUAAAAGUUUGUAUACUUACUCAUUUCCAAAGACAGCUGGCACUGUGUCAGAUUCACAGAGUGAAUCCUGGUUCCACUGAAGUAAGACUUUUGCCAUUGACUUCAGUGGGACCAGGAUUUCAAUCAAUAUAUGCAACAAGUUGUACAAAAAAAACGGUAUAAUGUACAAAAAAUAGGACUGUCAAGCGAUUGACAAAAUGUAUUGCGAUUAAUCAUGCGAUUACAAAAAUUAAUCGUGAUUAAUCGUACAAUUAGUUGUGCUGUUAAUAAUAGAAUACUAUUUAUUUAAAUAUUGUGGGUGUUUUUACAUUUUCAAAUAUACUGAUUACAAUUACAACACAAUACAAAAUGUACAGUGCUCACUUUAUAUUUAUUUUUAUUACAAAUAUUUGCACUGUAAAAAACAAAAGAAAUUGUAUUUUUCAAUUCACCCAUUAUAAGUACUAUAGUGCAAUCUCUUUAUCAUGAAAGUUGAAGUUACAAAUGUCGAAUUAUGUACAAAAAAACCUGCAUUCAAAAAUAAAACAAUGUAAAACUUUA